AUGUUCUGGGACCUCAACGUCCCAUAUGAGCCGCAGGCGGUUGUCAACACAGAGCUAAAGAAGACUAUCGCCAUACUGCACGAAUUUGGGUAUGGGGCAGUCGCAUACAACGUGACCUACUCCGGGAAAGAGGCAACUUCAAAGCGGACGGAGGGAUUUCAGCAACUGUCUCGACUGACGGUCAUUGCUGAUGACACGAGCGCGAAUUACCAAUUGACAUCAGCAAACUCCAACCCAGUGUCAUAUGAUUUGAUCGCAGUGCAACCAACAAAUGAAAAGCUCUUCCAGUCAGCCUGCAGCCUGUUCGAUGUCGAUAUUGUAUCCCUGGACAUGUCCAACCGCCUGCCAUUUUUCAUCAAAGGACCGACGGUCAAUGGGGCAUUACAGCACGGGGUUUUUUUCGAAAUCGCUUAUGGGGCUGCUAUUCGAGAUGCAACAGCACGAAGGCAUCUCAUCAGCCAUGCGGCGGCGCUGGUCCAGGCGACGAAAGGCAAGAAUAUCCUGAUCACAAGUGAGGCCCAAAAGGCAAUGGAGAUACGAGGACCUUACGAUGUGAUAAAUCUUGCGACCAUUUUUGGAAUGACUCGCGAACAAGCGAAAAACGCCUUGGACGCAAACUGUCGGGCUGUUGUGUUACAUGCUGCCACUCGACGUCAAACUCACCGCGGCGUACUCAGCAUGGAGUCUGCCGCAUCAUUGAGUGCGGCGAGCGCAUGGAAGCUUGGGCAGGGUGAAGAGACCGAAGCUAUGCAGGAGUAG